AUGGGCCAGUGCCCCGGCCUCCUGUCCUUGGGAGGGUCAAUCCUGAGGACCUCUGCCUUACCCCCGCUGGACUGGCCUCUGCCCAGCCAGUAUGAGCAGCUGGAGCUGAGGAUUGAGGUGCAGCCUAGAGCCCACCACCGGGCCCAUUACGAGACCGAGGGCAGCCGAGGGGCUGUCAAAGCUGCCCCUGGUGGUCACCCUGUAGUCAAGCUCCUAGGCUACAGUGAGAAGCCACUGACCCUACAGAUGUUCAUUGGCACUGCAGAUGAAAGGAACCUGCGGCCUCAUGCCUUCUAUCAGGUGCACCGUAUCACAGGCAAGAUGGUGGCCACAGCUAGCUAUGAAGCUGUAGUCAGUGGUACCAAAGUGUUGGAGAUGACCCUGCUUCCUGAGAACAACAUGGCAGCCAACAUUGACUGUGCUGGAAUCCUGAAGCUCCGGAACUCAGACAUUGAGCUGCGGAAGGGGGAGACAGACAUUGGGCGCAAGAACACACGUGUGCGGCUCGUCUUCCGGGUGCACGUGCCCCAGGGCAGCGGGAAGGUCGUCUCAGUGCAGACAGCAUCAGUGCCCAUUGAGUGCUCCCAGCGCUCGGCCCAGGAGCUGCCCCAGGUAGAGGCCUACAGCCCCAGUGCCUGUUCUGUGAGAGGAGGAGAGGAACUAGUGCUCACUGGCUCCAACUUCCUGCCAGACUCCAAGGUGGUGUUCAUCGAGAGGGGCCCUGAUGGAAAGCUGCAGUGGGAGGAGGAGGCCACAGUGAACCGGUUGCAGAGCAAUGAGGUGACGCUGACCCUGACUGUCCCUGAGUACAGCAACAAGCGGGUGUCCCGGCCAGUCCAGGUCUACUUUUAUGUCUCCAAUGGGCGGAGGAAGCGCAGUCCUACCCAGAGUUUCAAGUUCCUGCCUGUGAUCUUCAAGGAGGAGCCUUUACCGGACUCCUCUCUCCGCGGCUUCCCUUCAGCACCUGGCCCCCCCUUUGGCACUGACAUGGACUUCUCACCACCCAGGCCCCCAUACCCCUCCUAUCCCCAUGAAGACCCUGCUUACGAAGCUCCUUACCUGUCAGAAGGCUUCAGCUAUGGCACACCCCCUCUGUACCCCCAGACGGGGCCCCCACCAUCCUACAGAGCUGGCCUACGGAUGUUCCCUGAGACUGGGGGUACCGCAGGUUGUGCCCGCCCGCCUCCAGUCUCCUUCCUUCCCCGGCCCUUCCCUAGUGACCCCUAUGGAGGACGGGGCUCCCCAUUUCCCUUGGGGCUGCCGUUCCCUCCUCCAGCCCCCUUUCGACCUCCACUGCCUUCAUCCCCACCGCUCGAAGGCCCCUUCCCUCCCCAGAGUGGUGUUCAUCCCCCACCUGCUGAGGGAUACAAUGAGGUAGGGCCGAGCUAUGGCCCUGGGGAGGGGGCUCCGGAGCAGGAGAAAUCCAGGGGUGGCUACAGCAGCGGCUUCCGAGACAGUGUCCCUAUCCAGGGUAUCACGCUGGAGGAAGUGAGUGAGAUCAUUGGCCGAGACCUGAGUGGCUUCCCUGCACCUCCUGGAGAAGAGCCUCCUGCCUGA